CUCUCACUCUGUUAUAAGCUGUAAUUGAAGUUUUGAACUUCGAACCCUCCCUUCGUUGCCGCAAAUCAUCGUCUCGUUGCUUUACAUUGAAGAAUGAAGAGGUCCAGGGAUGAUUCUUACACGAGUUCACAACCCAAACGGCCCAAAGGGUCUUCUAGAGAGGAAGAACCCUCCGGGCAAUCACAGAUGACGACUGGUGAUGGUCAGAUACCAACCACCAAAGAUGCCUUGGCGUUUCUCAAGGCAGUAGAGGACGCGUUUCAAGAUAAGAGGGAAAAGUAUGAUUACUUUAUGGUAAUCAUGAAGGAUUUCAAGGCUCAAAGAAUUGAUACAAUAGGUGUCAUGGAAAGAGUGGAGGAGCUGUUUAAAGGGCACAAAGAUCUAAUUUUGGGGUUUAACACCUUCUUGCCAAAGGGAUAUAAAAUUAUACUUCCAUUGGAGGAUGAGCAACCUCCCCAAAAGAAGCUCAUUGAAUUGAAAGAAGAAGCCAUAAAUUUUGUGGGCAAGAUUAAGGCUCGUUUUCAUGACAAUGACCGUGUUUAUAAGUCAUUUCAAAACAUAUGUAUGUGCAGAAAGGAAACCAAGUCUAUCACUGAGAUUUACCAGGAGGUUUCUGCACUUUUCCAGGGCCAUGCAGAUCUUCUUGAGGAGUUUAAUCAUUUUCUUCCUGAUAUACCAGGAACUACCUCUACUCAGUACGCUUCUGUUCAAAAUUCUCUCCUUCAUGAUAGGAGCUCUGCCAUGCCAACAAUUAGGCAAAUGCAUGUUGAAAAGAGAGAAAGGAACAUAGCUUCACAUGGGGAUCAUGACCUCAGUGCUGACCAUCCUGAUCCAGAACUUGACAGUUGUUUGAUGAUGGCUGAUAAGGAUCAGAGGAGGCGUGGUGCAAAGGAAAAUGACUGUAGAAAAGGGAGAGACAGAAGAGAACAGGAAAGGGAUGAUGGGGAUUAUGAUCAUGAUGGUAGUAGGGAGCAUUUAUCUCACAAACGGAAAUCUGGUUGCAGGGCUGAAGACUCUGGUGCUGAAAGCAUGCACCCUAUCUCAUAUGCUUGUGAGGAUAUAAGUUCUUUGAAAAGUAUGUGUAGUCCAGUGUUUGGUUACCUUGAAAAAGUCAAGGAGAAAUUACAAAAUCCUGAGGUUUUCCAGGAAUUUUUGAAGUACCUAUAUAUCUACAGCAUGGAAAUAAUUACCAGACAAGAAUUGCAAUCAUUGGUGGGCAAUAUACUGGGAAAAUAUGCAGAUCUUAUAGAGGGAUUUGAUGAAUUCUUGGAUCAAUGUGAGAAAAAUGAGAUCUUUUGGCAUGAAGGACAUGGACCUAAACCAAUGAAAGUAGAGGACAGGGAUCAGGAUAGGGAUGACAAGAUGGAAAAAAGGGAUCGCAAAUGCCUAGAAAGGGUCAAGUCCAAUGCAACUGCUAACAAGGAUGUUUCAGUUCCUAAGAUGUCUCUGUAUGCCAGCAAGGAUAAGUAUGCAAUGAAGCCUAUAAAUGAGCUGGACCUUUCUAACUGUGAACAAUGCACUCCUAGUUACCGUCUUCUACCAAAACAAUACCCAAUACUGCCAGCUAGCGACAGAACAGAACUUGAUGCAGAGGUAUUGAAUGAUAACUGGGUUUCUGUUACUUCUGGCAGUGAGGACUAUUCAUUUAAGCACAGGUACAAAAACCAAUAUGAGGAUAGCAUGUUUAGAUGUGAAGAUGACAGGUAUGAACUUGAUAUGCUGUUAGAGUCUGUAAAUGCGACAACUAAGCAAGUUGAAGAUUUCUUAGAAAAGAUUAAUGCUAAUAUAAUUAAAGGAUACUGUCCAAUUCGUAUUGAGGAGCACUUAACAGCUCUAAAUCUUAGAUGCAUCGAACAAAUAUAUGGUGAUCAUGGGCUUGAUGUAGUGGAUGCGCUAAAGAAGAAUGCACCUUUAGCUUUGCCAGUCAUAUUAACCCGCUUGAAGCAGAAACAGGAUGAGUGGGCAAGGAGCCGUGCUGAUUUUAAUAAAGUUUGGUCUGAAACAUAUGCAAAGUACCAUCACAAAUCACUUGAUCAAUGUAAUGGUACUGCAAUUGCCAAGGGUCAUGGUGGCCAUCAUGUUGGAUUUACCAUAAUGAAUCCUAAGAAUUUCAACAACAAUACAAAUGGAAAUGAGAGUGUUCUAUUAGAAGAAUCAAAUUCCUGCAAACAACGGCAAACAAUUGGGGAUAAUAAGGUUGAAGAGGAUAAUUCUCUUGAUUCAGACUGCUCUGCACAUAAAACUGAGACUGAAACCUUUGGAAGUAGUACACAGCAUGGUCAAAUGCAUUUAAUUGCAACCAAUCUUGAUGAAAUAUCAAGAGCCAAAAAGCAAGAUCAUUCAAUUGAUCGGUUGGUGAAUGCUAAUGUCUCAAUGUCCUCUGGUAUGGAGCAAAGUAAUAGAAGAACGAAUGUGGGUAAUGCAUCAGGACUUACUGCUACUCCUCCAUCAAGACCUGGUAAUGUUUCUAAUGAGGGAGGGCUUGAUUUACCUUCAUUGGAGGAGACAUUGUCACAAUCUGUCUCGCAAGAGGAAGUUGCUGAUCAUGACCACAAUGAUAUCCUUGGUAGAACCUUGAAUGUCCCUAAACACUUAGGCCGUGACAGGGGAUUGGGAUUUGAAGUGACACAGAAGAUUAAUGUCUCACUCCAACAAAUGCCACUAUCUAUUACAAAUGGGCAUGUGCAACAAAUCCAGAAGGGCUUGGUUGACCUCAAAAAGGGAACGAACAAGUUGGAAAUGGAAGUGCAAAUGCAAAUGAAUAAGGAGCCACAGGAAGAAGGUCUGGGUGGCCUAAGUGGUAUAAAUAGUUGCACACCUACAGCUACUCAUAUACCAGAGCAAAAUUUUAGACACCUAUAGCAUCAAGAGGAAAGGGAAAAACUUGUCAACUUACAAAUGUGUCUAUCACGACUCCAGAAAAAGAAUAGCCAUGCACUUCAUUUUUCAUGCCCACCCAUUGGUUUUGACUCAUCAUCGCAUGCUGAGUUAUAUAAAGAUUUUUCAAGGGAGGCAACCAAGAGACUGUAUAUAUUACAAAGGAAAUUUUUUGAUUUGUUGGUAUGGGGUACAUUAGUGAAGAAGAUUGUUAUGAUCUUAUUCACUUUUGGAUGUUUUUGCCAUUAGUAUAUAUUUAUGUUCAUUUUUAACUAUGUAAUUCUACAUUUAUUUUACUUUUCUUUUUAUAGAUUUUAAUGUUAUGAUGAUAAUUUUGUUGUAUUUUUUAAAAAU